UUCAAGACUCGGUUCUCUCUUUCUCUUUCCUCUUUUUCCACUUUUUCACUUGAGCCCAAUUCCACACAGGGAAAAUCAAACCUUUUCUUUUCAUCUUCUCAAAGGGCAUACGCGCCCAAACCGAAUUCUCUCUUAAUUUACCCACGCGUUUUUUUUUUAAUUUGCAUGCAUCGCUUUCUUUCUUAAAAAAAAAGAGUUGAAAUGACCAAACACGAACAUCAACAACACGUUGAGCACGAGGGAAAAGACGAGUACUACUAUGACGAUCCCUGGCCCAUUCCAGAAUCACCACCGCCGCCGCCAUCUGCCGAUAGAUAUAGAAAGGUAGCCAAUUUGCGCAGACCCUCUGUUACCUUCAUAUCGCGACUGGCCCGAGCACAGGAGCAACUGGACGGCGACAGUCUUCUUGAUGUUGGUAAUGAGUUUACGACAUUUGACGAUGAAGACGAGUACGACGACAACGACGACUUGAGUGGCACAUUGUUUGAUAGGAGCAGCGAUUGUUUUGGUAUGAGUCUGGCAAUGCCACCAUCCCCUUUGACGCUUGGCGCAUCAUCAGCUUCGGAACUUGCUCCCUCAUCUCCCUCUUCAUCAACCUCAUCAUCGUCAUCUAAGAAGAGAUUUUCUUGCGACAGUGAUUAUUGUGCCAACUACAUUCGUGAAGACUGUAAGAAUGAUACUGAUAUUUCAAUCACCAUCAAAACAUCACCGCCCGUGCACAAUGUCAAGAAGCAGAAAAAGCCAGGAAAACAAAACUCUGCAUCGCCAUCCCCUCCACCUACAACUGCAGCAGUAGCAGCAACAGCGACAACUGAAAUUGAAACUACUAGCAAAGAUAAAGCCGUGCGACACAAUGGAAAUGACAACCGCAAAGAAAAGAAGCACACAUCAUCACCACCUCGGGAUCAAAUGGCGCAACAAAACAAUGAUUUACAAACGCAGAAAAAGGAGGAUUGGCCCAGUCGAUUACGUCCGCGGAAAGGCAGUAAUCCAGCACCAGCAGCAGCAGCAUCAGCAUCAGCAGCAGCACCAGCGGUAGGACGACGACGAUACCCUGUACGAAAGACCAAGAAAAACAUCUAUUUGACGCCGCCACCAUUAUCACCUCCAUCUUCGUCUUCUACCAUCACGGUCGCCGCCUCGGGUAGCUCAUCUGCAACCUCGAAACGUCGUGGAAGGUCGGUGAAAUAGAAUGUAACGAUCAUGAAGAUUCAGUUAUUGAUAUGAAUUAUCAGCACAACCACAUGUAUAUCCGCUUGCACACACUACCAUCUCCAACAACAACAACAACAACAACAUUGCCAACUACUACGCUCUACAUACGUAAAACAGCUAACCAUUUGAGUCAAUAAGUAUCUCUAACUGCGUCAAAACCUGUUUCUAUCUUUUCUCUCAACCUACAUCUUAUGCUAUUCUGUACAUAUUAACCUCCAUUUCAACUUGCAAUUCCCUGGUUUUUCUAUUCAAACAUCUUACCCGUCACUACCUAAAGCUGUACAUAGCAUCCAUAGUCAAAUUUGAAAAGAUUGCUACAAUACAUAAACUGUGCGUUCAAAAUAAAUCUCUUUGCUCAAUUAUUCACUUGAUCGGGAAAGCUGAGCUUAUGGAAAUUUU